AUGUGCCUCCUCAAUAUCGCCUCCGGCGUGCAUAAAAACUCUACAAACGAAACUGCCUUGAUUGUUCUGCAAAGCAUCAAGGUCAGUCGCUCCUCAUCUCCCAGCAAGAUGUCUAAUCCCACAAUCGGCUCUGAUGAGUGGAAGGCUCAGGACAAGGGCCCUGCAGUGCUCGCAGUCUCUUGGAUCGUCAUAAUUCUCAGUUCCGCCUUUGUGAUUUUCAGGAUUUACGUGAAUGGCUGCAUCAGGGGGAAGCUUCGCAGCGACGAUUGGUUUAUCAUUGUCGGACAGAUGUGCGGCUAUGUGGCAGUCAUUUUCACGACUCUCGCCGCCCGGAGCGGAAAUGGCCGGCACGUGGCUGUGCUCACACAAGACCAGCUAUCGGGAUCCAUAUUUUGGUCAACCAUCGCUUUCGUCCCGGGCUCGCUCUUUAUUGGGAUACCCAAACUGGCCGUUGUAACGGUUCUUACGCGCCUUCUCAACCCGACGCGCUACCACACCUGGUUCCUGUGGUGGCUGCCGAUAUGGUGCAUCAGCUCCGUCGUAGUCGCCUUCAUUCUAGUUUUGACCCGAUGCUCACCCACAAGCACGCUUUGGGACCCUUCAGUUCAGGGCAAGUGCUUUGAUAUUAAGCACCUGGUUAACUACGGCAUAUAUUCUGGCAUAUGCUGUUCGAUUGUGGACUUUUAUUUGGCCAUAUACCCUUCGGUGGUUCUUUUCAAGCUUCAACUGUCGUUCAAGAAGAAGGUGGCAUUGUCAUGUGCACUGGGAGUCGGCUCAAUCUCUGGCGUUAUUGCCGUUAUCAAAACGGUCCGGACUACGGCCCUUUUGAGUCAAGAUUUCACCUAUGACGUACCCGACCUGAUUGUUUGGCUGUUGAUCGAAGGAAGCUCGAUCAUAAUCGCAUCGUCCAUUCCUGUUUUACAACCUCUCCUCGAGGUUAUUGUAAAGCACAACCCCUUCUCUACAAAGGGCACCAGCGCCGCGUUCUCCUUCGGAAGGGGCAAAGGAUCAAGCAAGUAUAAAAGUGGCAGCAAUCCAUCGAACUUCACCAAAGAAAGUUGUCAGCACUGCAAACACUGUAAUGGGACGGAUUCCAUGCACCACCCGCCGACCAAGGACCGUGAGGACCUCAGUUACAUGGUCGACAGUGUUAUUGGCACCAAAGAGGAUACUGUCAUCCAACAUGGAUCCUUUCAUUAUUCUACGAGCGUUUUAGGGGCGGGUACGCCGCAGAAUAAUGGCCUUGGUGGUGACAAUGAAUCGUCACCUGUGACCAUGGGGGGGAUUGUGAGGACGGAUGUGGUAAACAUUUCAUAUGGCAACGCCAAAUGA